AAUUUCUUUGGAAUUGAGUGGGUGAUUUUGUUGUCGAUGGAUUCCAAUAUUUGCUCAUUCAAUCCAACGGGAAGCAUGGCUCCUCCAAUAUAUAUAUAUAUCAAACACUAGAGGAUAAUCAAGUUUGAAGAUUUUUUAAGGUUAAAGAAAAUCAAAUGGGUGUGUGUAAUGAAGAAAAAUGGAUAGAGCAUUAUAGCAACUCUCAUAAAAUACUGCUUGUGGGUGAGGGAAAUUUCUCUUUUGCUGUAUGCUUAGCAAAAGCAUUUGACACUGCUGAGAACAUGAUUGCCACCUCUGUUGAUUCCAAAGGUAUCAUCAUCCUGUCACAGCAUUCUUUCAUUUACAUUUGUUUCUGUCCUCCUUAUAAUGUUGGACUUGUUUCUAACUGGGAUCUGUUCGACAUGUAUGCCAAAGAGGUAUGGAAGAAUGCGUAUUCGAAUGCCAAAGCCAAUUUGAAAGAACUGAAGAAGCGGACAUGCACUGUUUUAUAUCACGUGGAUGCCCAUUCUAUGUACCGACACCCUCGCCUUCGUUCGAAAUUGUUCGACAGGAUAGUCUUCAAUUUCCCUCAUGCUGGUUUCAUUGGUUCGGAAAGUGAGAAGCGCCAAAUUGAACUUCACCGGACGUUGGUUAGGGGUUUCUUGAGCAAUGCAAAUCACAUGCUGACAGAGAAUGGAGAAGUUCACAUUACCCACAAGACAACUCACCCUUUCAGUAAGUGGGAGAUAGUGGAGUUGGCAGAGGAGAUUGGGCUGCGUUUGGUUGAGAAAGUGCCAUUUGAAAGAUGGUUCUAUCCAGGUUACAUGAAUAAGAGAGGAUCUGGGGCUAAAAUCAACCGGACAUUCCGUGUAGGAGAAUGCAGUACUUUCAAAUUCUCCCAUUAACAUAUUAUUUUAUAACACCUCGAUCGAUGGUAUAUGUAACGCUGGAAAACUUACCAUUGCAAGAGAUAUGUUUAACAGUCUCUCUAGAACCCUCUUUCUCUCUUCAUCCAAGCAACACCAAAGAAAAAAUCACAAAGGAGGGACGAUGAUCUAGAUCUUCCCUUCCCCUUAUCUGGUAGCAAUGCUCGAUGUUUUCUUUGUGGUCGGAUAUGAUUUGUAGAUCUGGAUCAUAUCUAGUUUCUUUGACCAUAGAUCUGAUUGUCUUCCUAGAAAUGUCUACGAUAUCGUGCUCCUCCGUUGCUGCUUGUGAAGUUUAAUAGUCUCUCUAGAACCCUCUUUCUCUCUUCAUCCAAGCAACACCAAAGAAAAAAUUACAGAGGAGGGAAGAUGAUCUAGAUCUUCCCUUCCCCUUCUCUGAUAACAGUGUUCGAUGUCUUCUCUGUGGUCGGAUAUGAUUUGUAAAUCUAGAUCAAGAUUUAGUUUCUUUGACUAUAGAUCUGAUUGUCUUCCUAGAAAUGUCUACGAUGUCGUGUUCCUCCGCUACUGCUUGUGAAGUUUUUUUUGUUUUUUGAUUUUUUAUUCUUGCAUCCUAGUCUUAGGGUCAAAGAUGGAAUUGUCUUUUGACA